AUGUCGUAUUUGCCAUGGCUCUCACUUACUUGGAAGAUGUUACGUCCUGUUCCUGUAAUAAAGAAUUUUUGGUCGAAAGAGGUUGAAAGAUUACGUGCGGCCUGUGAAAGAUUUGAUGGGGAUACAGAAAAAGCUACAGAUUUUUGUAUGCCAAAACUUCCUCUAAUAAGUAUUGGCGAAUAUAAGCGUGCUCUAAAUUUGUUUUUGGAACAAAAACCAGUGUUUCUUCAUCAUCUUGAUAUUAAGCAAUUACAGAAGAGGCACGAAAUUGAAGAGGAAAAUUUAAUUGGUUAUUGUACAAAUGGUUUAAUCGAAGCUGAAUUUCUGAAAAGAAUGCUGUCCAUACACGUUUCAAAUUUUAGAAAAUCCAUGGGGGCAGUGAAUCUAAGAAAUAUCACCUGUAUUGACUGGAUUACCGUCCUCAUCGAGUACCUGAAACAUUUGGAUGGAAGCAGUAGGAAAUGGCAUUACAGUAUGAAGCAUGUAAGGGAACUUGUUUCAAAAAAACUGGGAAAGAAGUGUGGAAAUGUUUUGGCUAGCAGUAGUGGUAAUACUGUGAAUGGCGAUGAGAAUGACUCGUUUUCUUAUUCAGCAACAUCUAAUAGAGCUCCCAAAGAUGAACGAAAAGACUAUAUAUCAUAUAUUAAUGGUUUAGAAGUGAACAACAUAAAUAGUCAAGAAUCUAUAAGAAAUGAGGAACCAAUUUCCGUCAAUGUUUAUAUCGAAUACUUUAUCGAAAAAUUAAAAAAGCUUAUUGAGUCUCGGAUUCUGUUGUUUGAUGAGCAACGGCAACGAAAAUUCACGAAGAAAUUAAGGAAAAUAAUGAAAAAGGAUGAGAAAUUAGAAUCAUUGCAAAAAUUGGUUGAGAAAAUGAUUUUCAGUUUGGAAGAUGAGCAAAAAAUGAAAUUGACCAAGAAGUAUCAAAAGAUUAUGAGGAGAUUACAACGGAUGCAAUUAACGGAAAGUAGUGAAAGCAACAUUCACUGUGAACUUAAUGAAGUGGAAAUGUCUGGUAAAAAUUAUGGUGAAGGAGGUGAGAUGGAAAAUUGCACGGAGUAUUCUGGAACAAUUGCUGAAAUGACCGAGGAAACAAAGCAGUUAGGUACUGAUAUUGAUUUUGGUGUUUUGAACUCAUUGAAGUUGCAGAUCAAAAAGAAAGGAGGAGAUAGUAAAGGAAAAUCAAGACAGAAAAGAGAGGAAAUGAGAGCUGUUCGAAGAAAUUCUAUUUCAUCAGAGAUAAAUAAGCUAGCGGAAUCAAUUCAAAAAUCAGAGAGUGAAGCUGUGGAUAUAGUUCCAUUACCAAAAAAGAGUAAGGGUACUAAGCAUGGACGAAAAGGAGAUUUUAAUACCAUGACUAGUUUUCUUACUUAA